ACAAUGAGCAAUUCUUUCAAAUCAAAAACUAGCGGCUCCAAAACUAUUGGCACCUUAAAGAUUUAUUACACCUUUAAUAAUUUUUUUUUUCUGAUGGAAAGAUUACUUAGACAUUAAUCCUAUAUUUUGGUGUUGGUGUGAGGGUGGUUGUGAUAUAGAGGGCCCGGAAUACCAGCAAGCAAGCACAUGCACCAACUCACGAGUCACGAUCUGUCUCCCAUACAGCAAUAUAUAUAUUUCUCAUAGAAAAUGCCGGUCUCUACCCAUUCCUCCACUUGGUUGGGUUCUGGUAAUACUCCAACUUCCUCGUCGGUCGCGCAUUCCCUGCCUUCAAUCUUGGGGAAAACAUCCCUUCAUUAUAAACUCAAACCAAAUCUCUCUCCACCAAGCCUCAGAUUACUUCAGCUCUCAACAACUCAAAACCCAACUAACCCCCACCUCCUCCUCCUCCUCUCUCUCUCUCUCUCUCUCUCUCUCUCAUGGGUCUCUUCUCCUGCGGCAAGGACACCACAGCUCCAGCGACCACCUCGAACAAGCUCCGAAUAUUCCGGCACGAGGAGCUGGAAACCGCCACCGCCGGUUUCUCCCCCUCCUCCCUCCUCGGCCGCGGCAGCCACGGCUCCGUCUUCCUCGCCUCCCUCGACGGUGGCCGCCUCCUCGCCGCCGCCAAGGUCCCCUCCGACGAUGACUACUCCACCUUCGACGCCGAGAUCGCCCUCCUCUCCUCCCUUCCCCGCUCCCCCCUCCUCGUCAACCUCCUCGGCGCCACCCCCGCCGCCGGCCCCACCCCACGCAUCGCCGUUGUCGACCUCAUGCCCCUCGGCUCCCUCCACGACCUCCUCCACCACCCCCUCCGCUCCACUCCCCCCUGGCCCCGCCGCCUCCGCCUCGCCCUCCACGCCGCCGCGUCUCUUGCCGCCCUCCACGCCCUCCAACCCCCUGUCGCCCACCGCGACGUCAAGCCCUCCAACCUCCUUCUCGACGCCAACGGCCGCGCCCGCCUCGCCGACUUCAGCCUCGCCAUCCGCCUCCCGCCCCCCCAAGCUCUUCCCCCUGCCGGCACCAUCGGCUACCUCGACCCCUCCUACCUCCGCCCCACCGAUCUCUCCACCGCCACCGACGUCUAUAGCUUCGGCGUCGUCCUCCUCGAGAUCCUCACCGGCCGCCGCGCCAUCGACGUCGAGUACAGCCCGCCGUCUCUGGAGGACUGGGCGGCGCCGCUCGUCCUGGCGGGGCGUUUCGCGGAGCUGUGGGAUCCGCGGGCGCGGCCAGCGGAGGGCCUCGAGGAGGAAGCAGCGAGAGACGUAGCAGUGCUGGCAACGAGAUGCAUAGCGCCAGCGCCAGAGGAAAGGCCAUCCAUGGAGGAGGUGUUGGAGUGCCUCCGGGAGGCGGAGCGGAGGGUCCGAUCGAAGCCGCCGCCAGCGUGGCGGCGGUUGGUGAGAUGGGUGCUCGGUCGUGCGAGAAAUGGGAAAGUGUCCGACGUCGCGGCGACUCAGCCGUGCGCCUGCCGCUCUCCUUUUGUUUAAUACGAUAUAAAUCGUUUAAUUGUGCCACUCUUACAUCAGCGCUGUGCCACUUCAAACAGCAAACAGUUACUUCUUCCAGCGUGUCAAUAUCUGUUGCUGAUAAUCGCCCCCACGCUGUCACGCGUCGCAAGAGAAUGUAUCGCUGUUUGAACUGAGACAGAGGAUCAACUGAGGGUUAGAUGAUAUAUUUAUUAUUUUAUGCUGUCAUUUUCUUUUGCGUAUGCGUAACGUGAUGAAUUGGCUGUCGAGAGUUUGUAUAUGAUAAUCUGGGAUAUGUGAGGAUUAGUUAUCCUGAA